AUGCCAACAACAUUAGAACAAUUUCCCAACGAACUAUUCCAUUGCGUAUUUGAUAAAUUAAAAUUAUCCGAUGUUUUGUAUACAUUCUAUGAAUUAAAUGAGCGAUUUAGAUUAUUAACAGAAAGUCUAGCACAACGAACAAAUAAAUUCAAUUUAACAGAUGUUCCACCGAGGUUAUUAGUCAUUUAUUUAUCCAGUGUUGGUCAUCACAUUCAUCAAUUAAAAUUGAGCAGUGACUAUUUUUAUUUAAAUUUAUUACCAAAUUUAUAUUCUUUAACAAUUGUUUGUCAUGAUGUUGAUGUUCGAUCGUAUUUGGUAACAUUAUCUCACCGAAAUUUAUCAACACUAACUGUUACAUUCAAUCAACAAACAAUUCCAAAUACACUAUUAAUAAAAUGUCAAUCGAGUAUAUAUCUUUUUUCAUUUAAACAUUUAACGUUACAAUUAAGAACACAUGAACAAUGUCAAGAAAUACAAAUUUACGAUAAAAGUGAACAUAUUGAACCUGGUCUUUAUUAUGUACAAUGUGUUUUUAGUCAAAAAUAUUUGACAUAUGUCAAAGACCACAAGCCAACACAAAUUUUUCAACAACCAUUGGUUAUAGGUAAAAGAAAAAUUGAUAUCUUAUUUGUUUUGUUAUUGUUUUAUUAUUAUGUUAUUUCUAGGAGUGAUCGUGUAUUAACUAUAGAAAAAACCUCGAGAUUUUCACCUCAGUAUUAUAUGCCUGGAAUUAUCCUGGAUGAAUUUAUGAAUACUAAACAAUUGUUUAAUUUUGAAAAAGUUACUGACGAUGGUGAAUAUAUGAUUGUAUUUAAGUUUAACACUAACUAUGUUUUGGAUAUAUAUAAUAAUGAUAUGAGAUUAGAUGCAGCUAGAGAUAAUCAACGUUUACAACCACAUCUACGACACGGUGGAAGAAACCAACGAUUUAAAUUCAUACCGAUACCAAUACCGGAGAAACGCUUUAUCGAUGAGCAUAAACUAAAGCAUAUCAAAUCACAGUUGUCAAAUCUAUUUUCACGCAAUAAAACACCGUUAAAAUAA